AUGUUAGACGGGUACAUCCAUGGAUGUUUAGGAGUUCACCUAAACAAUGAAGAUACACCUAAAUCUGUUAGGUAAGCGUAUAUCUCCGAGGUCCUUGGAGCUACAUAAUAGUAUGCAGGUAAAUUCAGGCUUGCUUUUCUUUACCAGACAUGUCAGCCGUGAACACUUGCAUGGUUUGUGGGUCCAACUCACCUAGGCUCCACGCCUAACGCUACCUGGUAAUACCAGCAUUCAAACACGUCGUCUACCCGCACUUGGACUUAGUAUGGGAGAAGGUUGGCAAACACCCGUUGGUAUACAUGGAGAUGCCAAGGUAGCUAUUCCUCUUGCCUCGCCAGUUCUCCUCUUGAGACCUCGCUAGCAGGUCAUCUUAUUUCUUCUUCAUCCACUUCACAACUUGCCAGUGCUAGUGCCAGUAUCAGCACAACAUGCCUCCUCAGGGGCUAGUGAGUUCAUACCAGCAGUAUAAGAAAGAUACCGAUAGCAUUGCUGCUUGGCUUGCUUCAACCGCAAAAUCAUGCGGUUACCCAUCUGAUCUGCUGACUGGCGGCCCUGCCAACAAGCCGGCCUCGACUCGACUGAAGGGCAAAGCGAGGGCUGAAGCCAAAAAGAAACAGGCCACUACAACACUACCAACAACCAACAAAUACAUAAUUAAGAUCAAAGAAUUCGUACCUUUGGCAGAGUUUGUUGCCUCCAAACGUGAAGUAUCUGUUUCAGGUUCGUUCAUAGCAACUUUACGUCGAGUCAUCGUAGCUCGUGGAGGCUUCGGUGAAAAGCUUGCCCAACAUGGGGCUGUUCCAGAUGAGCUGUCAGAUGCCAAACACGGAUACUUCGUGGGCAUCCUUGAGAAGGUCUACGAAGUCUUGAAGCCACGAGUCAAAAUUGGCCUGAUAGAUUCCUCCCCUGCUCCCUCAAGCGACGAGUCCGACGCCGAUGACUUCGCCAACCGAUUCGCCUCCCUCCAGGUCUAUGAACCUUCAGAUGAUUUCCUUAACGCGCCGGACUUGGAGAGACCGAAGCCAUUGGAAGGUGACAAGAUAACUUACGAAGCGGAACAGGCCACGUCUUUAGAGGAUCUGCUCGUUGUCGUGACAAUGUUAAUCAAUGAUAUCAACAAGAUCCGGGCACGAAUUCAAUGGAUCUGGUCUAAUUAUAAGGACGGACUCUUUGAUCUCGCCGUUGCAGCUAUUGCUACCAACACCGCAAUCGACUUAGCAAGGAACCUCAUGGAAGAGGUUGAACCAAUGUUCAAGGAUCACGGUGGACUAUGGAAAGUCCUCAAUAGAUGGUACCUCGUCCAGAUGAUGAUGAAGGGGUACGAGCCUUUUGAUCUAUUCAAAAAUGAUAGCACGGAUAAUUUCAACUAUGAUACUUACGAUAUUGCGGAUGGGACCUACAUAUUAACAUGUAGACUCAUAAGUGCAUUCAUCCCGGUCAUACAACCUGGAAACGUGCCGUUGUAUAAAGACGGUAUGUUUGGCUACUACGACCCCCAAAGUGACCGGGCGUCCAAAACCGGGUAUCAGAAAUUCGAGGAGGAUCGUGUCCUACUUAUGACUAUUUUCACCGAGCUAAUGGCGGUGGUUCGUGGCAUCGAAAAUUAUCCAGUUGAAGAUGAAUUCUUGCGCGGGAUCCGGGAGCUAGCCAACACAAAACAAGUCUCAUUUUAUAUUGUUUUUGCUGCCCAGGUCUUCCUCGAUAUUCACUAUACCCUUCGCGAGCAUGCCGGGAAAUGCUUUGAAACACUCGAGAAGAACCUCAAGUCUUUCGACCGCGAGAUUGAAGAAUACUUCAGUUUUCAUAUAAACUUGAAGAUCGACAACUGGCCUGCCAGAAACGACGCCAUGUUGCGAGAAUACCAACGCAAGAUACGGUGGAUACUGCAGGACCCUGGGCACCAAGUAAAGAUCAAGGCAUAUCGACAAACUGGCCAGACACCUCCAGUAUCAAUGGAAGCUAACCGGCUGUUAAAGAUGUCUCCGGUUCUCAGUGGUUUAAUGCUUUACCACUUCCGCUCGGAGAUAUGGGACGUCGGCAUCGCGCUUGCAAACGCGUGGGGCUCGAUCACCUAUUCACUGCAUCUGUACAAUGCGCUGCGGAGCGAGAAACUCUUGUCGAGGACUUGGAAAGACAUGGAUCUUGUAAGGACACUGCUGGGAGACUCGUCUUUCUUCGUAGGGGAUGCACCAGGAAAUCUAGACCAAUACAUGAAGAAGUUCUGCCUCCAAAUGGGCACCACCGUGGCGGCAUUCACUAAGAAUCGUCGCGGAAAAGUGGUCCUGGAAUCUCGGGCAGGACCCCGAGGAAUUAAGGAUGGUGCACCCGUUUCUUUGAUGUUUAUGGACCGCUACCUCCGGGGAACAGGGCAAGUCGACUGGAAGCCAGAAGACAUUGCAAGGAUUAUCGAUCUUGGCAUGUGGGAAACCGAGGGCUCAGAAGAGGACGGUACCCUGAUACUGGGGCAAAUCGACGACCCCGAAAAGCUAAAGCAGAAAGCGAAGACACGGCGCGGUAAGGGCUCGGAGAACGCAAAGCUAUCGCCAGAGCAGUUAAUUAGGGCGCUCACGUUCGCGCUGCAAGGAGAAACCCUCGAGCUAUCGGUAUCGUACAUCUCGAUGCAUCGUGAAUGUUGGUCACUCUUGCGAGCCGUCCGGAAGCAUUGCGACCCUCUCCUCCGAGAGCUAUAUACGGCAGCCUACAUGGAACGUGAGACAGAGCUUUGCUUCGUCGUGGGAUGGAUAUUUUUAGAGCCUGUGAAAGACCGAAGUACAACGCUUUUAUUAGAGGCUCGUGACGCGGUUGAUCAAUUCGUGCGGAAAGAAGGCACCACGGUCUUGGGCUUGCUGAAUGACUUAGAUAUGCCUGUUGAGUUUGUGACGGAGAAGAAUGAUUCUGAAGCUGAAUUAUGAUGGAGUUGAUACAUAGGUAGGGGCGUGGCACCUCAUAGGUAAAUACUGAAGCACGUAUCUCUCCUCCUUCCCCUUUCCAGCAUGCCAGGUGUAAAUAUGCAUAAGCUAUAGCUUCUCCCAACGUCGAAACUCUUAAGG